UUGACUUCCAAAACAUAAACAAAAACUAUAUUUUGGUAUGGAGGGAGUAGUAAAUACUCCACAAGAAAUAACUUACUCUUAUUUCCUUUAAAAGAAGUAGAAUAACCCCAUAGUUGGCCCAAAACCUUGGUUACAUAAAAUCUCAAAAGAUUCCCUAAUCCAUAAACAAUUUAUUUUCUUCCAAAACAAAAACAAAAAAAAGAAAAGAAAACGUAAGCAUCGAAUUGGAGGAUAGGAUAAUAGAACCUUUUUCAAUGCAACUGAUCAUCUGAUCCUCAAUCAGUUUUAUCCAAAAUUCUUCCCCCCCACCGAACCCCACACACUACAAACAGUACGUUUCGGUUUCUUCACAUAUAAAUAUAGAACCUUCCCUAAAUCCCCAUCUCUACUUUUCAUUCGCUCAUUCUCUCUCAUCUUUUUCCUCUUUCACUAAACCCUUUCUUCUCUUCAGAACUCAAAAAAUAUAUAAAGAAAUUUAACCCACUGUGGUAAAUUUGGUUUGGCAUUUUGGAAAUGAUGUCCAUGGAACAGUGCUUUCAACAAGCUGUGACACAGGGUGAUUCAGGUGGAGCAGACAUAAAUAAAUGGAGAUCUCCCUCAGCUGGAGCUGCUGGGGUGGAAAAUAACUCACCUGGUGGUUUCGAUUGCAAUAUCUGCCUAGACAUAGUUCAAGACCCGGUAGUUACAUUUUGCGGUCAUCUCUACUGCUGGCCUUGCAUCUAUAGGUGGAUGCAGUCUCGGAAAACUUCAUCUGAAAACUUUGAUCAACAACCUCAGUGUCCUGUUUGUAAAGCUGAAGUCUCACAGAACACCUUGAUACCUCUUUAUGGUCGGGGCCAAUCCAGCAAACCGGCUCACAGCAAAGGAACCAAACUUGACCCUGUUGUCCCUCAAAGGCCUCACGGUCCUGGGUGUGGGGUACACACACUGAUAACGACUACAUCCACAAGUGCACAUCAUGGUCAACAACUUCAUUACCGAGAUUACCCAGAUCAUUCACAAGUACAUCCGUACUACUCUUUGGAUGAGAAUUCGCAGUCACCUGCAUUUGGGAUUGCAGGAACUACCACAUACAAUCCUACUAUUGGCAUGUUUGGUGAGAUGAUCUAUGCUCGUAUUUUUGGGAAUUCACAAACUACGCUUUAUACUUAUCCAAAUACUUACAGUGUCGUGACCACCAGUAGUGCACGAGCCAGACGGCAUGUCAUGCAGGUGGAUAGGUCACUAAGCCGAGUCAGUUUUUUCCUCUGCUGCGCCAUUAUGUUGUGUCUUCUGCUGUUUUGAGACGAAAGUCCCUGCCGCAUCAUAUAUGUAUCUAAUAUAUCUUAUACUUGUAUAUAUGAAAAUGAGCGACUGAUAUAUGAUCUACGAUAGACGCUGUAUGGAUGUGAUGUUUAAUGCAGACAGAGUCAUGUCACUGGUAUUGAUUUAACGUGUCGGGCUUUUCAACCGUGCUGGAAUUACUUACUACUAUGUCGAUAUAAGCUUUAUGAAGGAAAUAUAUACGCAUUGCAAAGUUUGUGGUUCUGUGUAGAAACAUGGAUUUGUAAGUUAGUGUACUUGUUUUUACCAGUGUAAACUGAUAACUCUUUUUGACA